AUGUUGAAGUAUGUUAUAAUUGCAAUUCUUUUAGUUACUAGCUCAACAAGUGUUUCUGGUUCAUGGAAAUUACUAGGUUUAAAUAUCAGUCCACAAUGGUUACAACCGCGUGAAUAUGAAAGUUAUGCUGAUGAAAUUCUUGGAUUAGGCCCAUCAAUUGUUCGAUGGAAUUUUAAUAUUGAUCCAUUUAGUGGUCAUGUUUUAGACCCUGUUACAUGGGCACCAGUUGAUUUUCAAUUACGUUAUGUACCAUUAUUAAAUGCUUUUAGUGCUCGUGGUAUUGAAGUAUCAAUUGUGUUAAUUGUUGGUCGACAACAAAUUGACGAUGCUAAACAUGGUCAUUAUAGUUUUGAUUACUUAGGUAAAGCCUAUGCAGAUACGUGUGCACAAAUUACACGUGAUUGGUUAAUUCCUAGUGGUAUUCGUAAUGUUGAAUUGGGUAAUGAAUAUAAUGACGAUGCAUCAUGGCCAGAUCCAUAUUCUAAUAAAAUGGAAUCUGCUCAGCAAUAUAUGAAAAUGUUAAAACCUGCAUAUACAGCAGUUAAAUCAGAAUAUAAUAAAGACGGUGGAUAUUCACAUGUUAUGAUGAUGGGCUUAGCAAUGUGUGAUUCGGAUUAUUUAAAUGCACUAUAUCUAAAUGGUUUACAAUCAUAUACAGAUAAAAUUAAUUUUCACCCAUAUGAUUUUGAUGAGACCGUUGACAAAAUUGGACCUAAAAUUAAUGAGAUGCUAACGGUUAUGCGACGAUACGGUGAUGGUGAUAAACAAAUUUGGUUAACUGAAUAUGGAGCACAAGCAACACCCGGCAAUCAAUUUGAAAUGGACAAUCAAACUGUAUUUGUACAUACAUCAAUACGUACAAUGCAUGUAUGGACACCGCAAGUUCAAAGAGCAUUUUGGUUUAAUUUACAAGAUUUUAUGAAUGGAGACAUGCCAGUUCAAUAUGGACUGAAAGAUUUAAAUUUCAAUCGUAAACCUUCAUAUCAAGCUUUCAUUGAACAAGCUGCAGAAGGUGAUUCAUAA